AAAAGUAUGCCGAGCUUCUAUAGUCAGAUAGAAAUCUCAUUUUGAAAACAUUCCUUGUUCGAAGGAUUUUUUUUUUCUUAAAGGAAUUUACCAAAGGAUUUUAGGUUUCACAUAACCGAAAAUAAUACAGAACGAAACGGUCGGCACCGUCCGAUCAAAAACGUCGGCGAAGUGAGCGAUGCUCUCAGAUGACCACCACGUGGCAGCAUAUGAUUAGUCCCUAUAUUUAAUUCAUCACCCUAACUUCCUAAGAAAAAAAGAAGAGAAAAAAAGAAAUCGUUCCUCAAAGUGGGAACACCGAUCUCCGAGAGAGAGAAAGAGAGAGAAAAGGCGAUAAAGUUUCUUCUGUGGGAGGUUAGAGAGGCCGGAAUAUUUUCUCGAGCUCGUCGGAAUUUUCUCCGAUCUUGCCUAGAACUGUGCCUGUUCUUCGUGAUCGGCUCCGAUAAUUGGAUCGAUUCGCGUUUUUCGCGAAGGUGAAGAAGCGAAGCGGAGAUGGUGAAUUCCAUGGUGGAACGCGCGACGAGCGACAUGCUCAUCGGCCCCGAUUGGGCCAUGAACAUCGAAAUCUGCGACAUGCUCAACCAUGAUCCCGCGCAAGCAAAGGAUGUUGUAAAGGGGAUAAAGAAACGCAUUGGAAGUAGGAAUCCUAAAGUUCAACUUCUCGCUCUAACACUGUUGGAGACAAUUAUAAAGAAUUGUGGGGACAUUGUUCAUAUGCAUGUGGCAGAGAAAGACGUUCUUCAUGAGAUGGUGAAAAUAGUUAAGAAAAAGCCCGACGUACAUGUUAAAGAGAAGAUAUUGAUCCUGAUAGAUACCUGGCAAGAAGUCUUUGGAGGUGCGAGGGCAAGAUAUCCACAGUACUAUGCUGCUUACCAGGAAUUAUUGCGUGCUGGGGCAGUAUUUCCUCAGAGAUCUGAGAGAGCUGCACCGGUGUUUACACCUCCACAAACACAACCAUUGUCAUCAUAUCCCCCAAAUCUGCGCAAUUCUGAUCCUCGUCAAGAUGCAGCUGAACCAUCUGCAGAGUCCGAGUUCCCUACUUUGAGUUUGUCAGAAAUUCAGAAUGCACGGGGAAUAAUGGAUGUUCUCGCAGAAAUGCUUAAUGCAUUAGAUCCAGAGAACAAAGAGGGGCUUAGGCAGGAGGUUAUUGUUGAUUUGGUGGAACAAUGCCGAACAUAUAAGCAGAGAGUGGUACACCUUGUUAACUCGACUGCCGACGAAUCACUUUUAUGUCAAGGACUCACAUUGAAUGAUGAUUUGCAACGUGUACUAGCCAAGCAUGAAGCCAUUUCUUCAGGAACAUCAGUUCAAACAGCAAAACCUAAGGCUGAACCAUCGAGAACACUUGUAGAUGUUGAUGCCCCUCUAGUAGACACUGGAGGUAGUAAACAGGCUGAUGGGAGAUCCACCUCAAGUGCUGGUGCAGGGGCUAAUCCACUGAAUCAGCUAUUGCUUCCUGCUCCUCCUGCAACUAAUGGUCCUGCUCCAGCAACAAAGGUUGAUCCCAAAAUGGACCUGCUGAGUGGAGAUGAUUUUAGCUCACCGAAGGCAGAUACUUCUCUGGCCAUUGUUCCUGUAGGGGGACAACAAACAAGCACUCCUGCAUCUGACCAGACUGCUCUUGUUCUUUUUGACAUGUUCUCCGACAGUAAUAACACCUCAAACUCUGUAGAUGCCCAGUCCGCUAAUCUCCCUGGACAAACCAAUCCUUUGCCUCCUCAAGCCCCAAACCAGCAGAAUUUUCAAUCUCCGCAGGGUGGGUUUUACCCCAAUGGAAGCGUCCCAAACAUGGCAACUCCUCAGUAUGAGCAGUCACUCUACACACAGGGCACUGGGCCCGCCUGGAAUGGUCAGAUUGCACAGCAGCAGCCGCAACAGCCACAGCCGCCUUCACUGUUCUAUGGUUCUCAAACUGGCGGAUCAUUACCGCCACCCCCUUGGGAAGGUCAGUCUACCGGCGACAGCAGCCCAGUUGCAAGUGCUCAGUACCCUCAACCGCUGCAAGUAACUCAGGUGGUUGUAACGCAUGCGCAGGCUGGUUCACCUCCCUUGGGACCUCAACCCAUGGGGAAUGACCAAGUAGUAGGUAUGUAUAUCCAGCCUAUUACGGGCAGCCAUAUGUCGGCAAUUAAUAGCCAGGUUGGUCCAAGCCAUCAGUUGGGGUAUCAUCCUCAGCAAAUGCAUGGUGGGCCGUAUAUGGGCAUGCUUCCACAGCCAAUGCAAGCGGGCUAUACGGCGUCGAUGUACCCUCAACAAAUGUACGGUCAGCAGAUGGCCAGUUACGGUUAUGGUUAUGGUCAGCAACAAGGUGCUCAAUACCUUGAGCGGAGAAUGUAUGGUCUAUCCGUCCCAGAUGAUAAUGCGAUGAGAAACUCCUACCAGCUUUCCACUUCAUCUUAUGUUCCACCAAGCAAGCCUUCCAAGCCAGAGGAUAAACUAUUUGGUGACCUUGUUGACAUGGCCAAGUUGAAGCCUACUGCUAAACCCACGCCUGGCAGAGCUGGUAGCAUGUGAAAUCUUGAUUGGUUCUGCACUUUUUUCUUUUUUUUUUUGGUUGCUAUUUAUUGAAUUUUCUUUGUCUACUUUUGAUUAUUUGUUUAUCUUCUAAUACACAUGCUCGUUUCCUUUUUGGCUCAAUAUUUUGUGUUUGCUUGCAUUGUACAUUCCUUGUAGAGAAAACAUGGGAAAAAAAGGGUGGCCUGUGGAUUAGAUUGAAUUUGAACCAUUUGGAUUUUAAUUAAUUUUUUUUUUCCAAUUA